UGUGAGGUUGGAUUUCGAGUAGAUCCUCAGUCAGAUCUAAGCCUUUGAGUUGAGUGGCACUUCCAAAUGUGGUUGAGUGGAUAGGUGGGCACUUGAGAAUAGUUGGUCUACUUCUAGUCAUACAAGAGUCAACGAACGCUUUGACACUUGCACUCCCCAACCGUACAUACUGACACUCAUAACUGUCUUUGAUAUCCCUCGACUUGGUCAUUGACAUCUCUUAACUUGGUCAAUUGAUAGUUCGAAGUGAAGUGAAUCGACACUUGAAGCCAGUCAUCAUCAUCAUCGUCAACAACAUGUCCAAUCAAGCUAGCCAACCUUCAACACCCGAGCAAUACUUGGCAUUGCCUCCGGUGACUGUGGACACGGCUGCCUCUGAAAGCCGCUUGGUUGCCAAUGGCAAUGCUAAUGCCAAUGUCCAAGCCAGUGACAUCCCAAGUUAUGGGGGAGAUUACUAUGAAUACUACUAUGAUACACCUGCAGUGGGGGUCGUUCAGGAAGCGGAACAACCCAACCAAGGUUUGACAGCCCCUGCCCUGGAUCCUGAACCCACUGGAUAUGCCCUAGGGACAACAGGAGUGGCAUCCCAAGAUAAUCAACUCCAGGACUCCACCAAGGUGGCGCAACGCAUGAAGUUGGCGCAAAUGAGAAGGCGAUUGCGACAGAAGUUGAUGAAACAACAACAGGAGCAAAAGCAGCUUCAGGAGCAACAACAACAACAACAACAACAACAACAGCAACUGGAGCAAAAGCAGCAGCUGGCCAACUCAGCGUCUGGAUUUCAAGAUGAAUACGCUUCAGAACUUGGAAGUGGUGUCUCCGGCAUGGGGCUGGGGGGACUGGGGGGUUUGGAUGACAGUAUCAUGGAUUAUUACGAUACCAGCCUCAAUUUGGGAAUGGGGGACGCCAACCUCUCCCCCAAUAUUGGACAGCGUCGUGGCGUCACAAAGAAAGGGAAGAAAAUGAGACGCCUCGGCGGUGUCAGAUAUGGUGGCCUCAAUGCCCUCGGCAAUGAUCUUACAGAGCUUGGAGGCAGUGGUGUUGGCACCGGUGCCAGUCUUGGCUCUGGCUUGGGAAGUGGAAAUGGGCUGGCCAAUUAUGGAUUGGGAGCCCCAAGUGCUCAGUUGUCCCCUACUUUGGGAAUGGCUGCUGGUGGUGCGGUUGGUUUUGGCUUGAAUUCUCGUGGAGGUCAUGGCCAUAGAGGAGGCCAUGGAGGCCACGGGGGUUACGGACACGGAGGCCAUGGCGUAAUUGUCUUGAAGAAGAAGAAGAACACCGAUGAUGACAACGGCUUGUUCAGUUAUUUGGAAGAUUUGUUUGGUGAAUUGGACAUUGAUUAUGAAACUUUUGCUCUGCUUUUGGGCGUGGCUGGAGCCAUUGCCUCGUUUGUGCUUUUCACGGUCAUUUCAAGUGCUGGCCGGAGAAGGAGUCUUCCAGGCGGUUCGGUGGGCGUUAGCUGGCUCAAUAUCCUAAGCGAUUUUGUCUACCAUGGAUUGGAGGAUUUUGAGGGAAAGAUCGAGAAGAUUGCCGGAGGAGUCGACAAAGAUGAGAACAGCUGGUUGAACAAACUGUAUAAGCAAUAUCAUGGCGAAAGUCUGGCCGAGACUCUUGAAGACGACAACUCUGCCGAGGAGGAUGAAGAUGAUAUCGCCGAAUUAAAUGAAGAUGAAGAAUUAGUGAAAAAUCGAGCCUUCCGAAAGAAGCGAUCCCAUGAGGAAUUGGCCGCCGAAUCUGCCAAGAAGGAAGAAGAGGAUAUCCAAGCCAUUUUCAACUCGGUGGAAACUACAUGCAGCACCAAAUUUUGGCGUUGUGUCUCCAAUGUGGUCGAGGGUGGAAUGAAGUACACUGAAAUGCCUGGAGGUCUCACCGGAGCCAUGAAAAAGCACUUGAUGAAGGUCGUGUUUGCCGGUGGAAUUAACAACAUGUGGGACUCGCUUAUGACCGUGCCAGAGGCUCGAAAAUUCCAAAAGUGCAUGGCCAAGCAGAGUGAAUGCAAAGAGUAUGAGAUCCUUCAAAAGGCUCUCAAGUCCGAAAAGGCCGAACCUCAACGAAUUAUAGUGGUGCCAGAAGCCAUCCAAGUUGAGGAUGCUGAAGAAUAGAUUGGUCUGAAAUCUUUCUCCAGGGAUCUACGUGAAAGUAUUACUACCGGAAAACAAGAAUAAGCUGAACAGCAAAACGCCAGGGUGGCGACCCUGCGUCAAAAUAUGUCGUCAAGACCAAAAACUUAACACUGCAGACCGAGUGUUGUGUGAAUGUUACCUUUAAUAAGCCCCCUUUUCAUGCUAACGCUUUCGUGCAAUAACUUGUAGAGAAUCUCAAAAAGAUGCUUUGGAACCUCUCAGUAUUCUACCAUGACUAUUUUGUGAUAUCGUAUUCCAAAUGUGACCAUUCUGAUUGCAGACAUUUAAUACCACAUCACCCCAUUUUGCAUUUGACUGUAGGCAGCUAAAGAGAACCACCCCUCGAUCUACGAACCAAAUAUUGUAUAGGACCUUCCAAUUAAUAUAUUAUUUGAAUCGCAUACUUGACCAUUGAUUAGCCAUGAAAUGUUAUUUGUUCACAUUUGUUUAUGUGUAUGCUAAAGUAUAUCAUCUUUAAUGCCAAUUCUCGUCUGUGCCUUAAAUUAGAAAUAAAAACCCACAUUAACUCUC